GUUAUAAUCAAUUGUUGAUAAAUUUCAUUUCAUUAGCUUGAGGAAGCUUGGUGAGUUUUCUAUUUAGCAACGAGACAACUCUAGCUGAAGAUAAAAUUUAGAUUUUGUAUAGAAUUUCCCACACUUUUUUUUUUUUUGGUGGUGGUUGUAAGAAUUGUCUUUUGUAGUGGCUCUGCUGAGUGGUACUUGGUUCAAGUGGUUUUUCAUUUCUUAAUUCCCUUUGUUUUUAUAUGGUUUUAUCAAACUAAAAACUUGAGAUUAUUGGAAGUGGCAGCUGGUCUCAAUGGGACUACCACACAUUGAAUGCAUGGUUCAAUUUAUCUUCCUUUUGUCUUUUGAUUAGCACUAGUUAAAAUUUCAUGGAACACAUCACUUUACAAUCACAUGGAUACUGGGCCUUCCUCUCUGUAAUUUAGUUAAUGGAUCAAUUUUAUCUUUUUGAAAAAGGGUAUUCAUGGUUUGGUAGAUGAGCUGAACCAUUUUUUUUUCCUAAAAAGAUCAAAUCGAACUACAAAUAUUUGGUUCAGUUCGGUUCGAUUUGACUCUUGUUCUCUUGCUCCUCUCUUGUCCUCUUGCCUUGCUUUUUCCACUUCCAUUUUCCCACGGUCUUGCUAUCCUCUCUCCCGUUUUCUCAUGAUCUUGCUCUCCCUCUCCUUUCUCACUCAAUCUUGCUUUUUGGUCUUGCUCGAUCUCAUUCUCCAAUACUUUGUCUCCUUCUACAACACAAACUGAAACGAGGGAGGGAGUUGGGUCACCUAUGCAGAAUCUGAUCUGCUGGAAAAGAAAACCAGAAGUUGAGAGGGAGAGAAGAAAAAGAAGAAGAAAAGAAAAGAAAAGAAAAGAAAAUGUUGAGGAAGAAAGAAAAAACGUGCGGUAAUUUUGUAAAAUUACUUGAAGAUGGUAUAAGCCGGAGGUAAAAAGCUUAAGUUUAAAAAGUAGGCCAAGACUCAUUUUGAACUAUGGAAAGUCUUUUAAUCAAUUAUCUCUUUCUAACUUGGCACACAUUUAUCCUAGAUUUCCUAACUCAACUUUGAACUCCAAAUAACUCCAAAAACAUUUAUUUAAUGUAAUCUUGAAAAAUAUCUAUUAGCAUGGUCUAAAAGUAGUUCACAUUAAUGUUGAUGUUCGCAAAUAUUCACGAAAAGAAAUUAUUUUUUAGUUUAUUCAGUAUGAUCCAAAGAAAAUAUCGUACACGUGUUUAAAAAUUGGGUUUAGUAGGCCAAAAAAGAGUGCGGCAGUUGGCAACUGGUCAAAAUGUCACUUUUCUUCUCCCAACUGCUCUAUAAAAUGGUCAGAUUCUUGAAUGUUGGAGCCAUAGACAAAAUUUCGAAGUCUUAGUGUAAAUCUCUGAUGGGUUCUUCCAUUGUUGGAGUGGAAUCAUCAACUUCUUUGAGUUUCAAGUGGAGUUAUGAUGUGUUUUUGAGUUUCAAGGGAGAUGAUACUCGUUCUAAUUUCACUAGUCAUCUUGACAUGGCCUUGCGUCAAAAGGGUGUCAAUGUCUUCAUAGACGACAAGCUCAAAAGGGGUGAGCAAAUUUCUGAAACCCUUUUCAAAGCUAUACAGGAAACUUUGAUUUCUAUUGUUAUAUUCUCUCAAAAUUAUGCAUCUUCUUCAUGGUGUUUGGAUGAAUUGGUGAAAAUAAUUGAGUGUAAGAAAUCCAAGGGCCAGCUUGUUUUGCCAAUUUUCUACAAGGUGGAUCCUUCCGAUGUACGAAAACAAACGGGUUGCUUUGGAGAAGCAUUGGCCAAACAUCAAGCUAAUUUCAUGGAGAAGACUCAAAUAUGGAGGGAUGCUUUAACUACUGUUGCCAACUUCUCUGGUUGGGAUCUAGGAACUAGGAAGGAGGCUGAUUUUAUUCAAGAUCUUGUUAAAGAAGUAUUGUCUAGAUUAAAUUGUGCCAAUGGGCAGUUAUACGUAGCUAAGUAUCCGGUAGGAAUUGAUUCUCAACUAGAAGAUAUGAAGUUACUCUCACAUCAGAUACGAGAUGUGUUUGAUGGCGUUUACAUGAUGGGGAUAUAUGGCAUUGGAGGCAUUGGUAAGACAACUUUGGCUAAAGCUUUGUACAAUAAAAUUGCUAACCAAUUUGAAGGUUUCUGUUUUCUAUCAAAUGUUAGAGAAGCUUCAAAACAAUUCAAUGGCCUCGUUCAACUACAGGAAAAACUACUCUAUGAGAUUUUAAAGGUUGAUUUGAAGGUUGACAAUCUUGAUGAAGGAAUUAACAUCAUAAGGAGUAGAUUGCGUUCAAAGAAAGUCCUUAUAGUUCUUGAUGAUGUGGAUAAGCUCAAGCAAUUGGAAGCAUUGGUUGGUGGACGUGAUUGGUUUGGCCGUGGUAGUAAAAUCAUUGUGACAACAAGAAAUAGUCAUUUACUUUCUAGCCAUGAAUUUGAUGAAAAGUAUGGUAUUCGGGAAUUGAGUCAUGGCCAUGCUCUUGAACUUUUUAGUUGGCAUGCUUUUAAGAAAAGUCAUCCAUCAAGUAAUUAUUUAGACCUUUCAGAACGUGCGACAAGUUAUUGUAAAGGUCAUCCUUUGGCUCUUGCUGUUUUGGGUUCUUUCCUUUGUACCCGAGACCAAACAAAAUGGAAAACUAUAUUAGAUGAAUUUGAGAACUCUUUGAGCGAAGACAUUGAACAUAUUAUUCAAAUUAGUUUCGAUGGGCUUGAAGAAAAAAUAAAGGAGAUCUUCCUUGAUAUUUCUUGUUUGUUUGUGGGAGAGAAAGUUAAUUAUGUUAAAAGUGUGUUAAACACGUGCCAUUUCAGCCUAGAUUUUGGAAUUAUAGUUCUCAUAGAUCUUUCGCUUAUUACGGUUGAAAAUGAAGAGGUUCAAAUGCAUGAUUUAAUUCGACAAAUGGGCCAGAAAAUAGUUAAUGGUGAAUCUUUUGAGCCCGGGAAAAGGAGUAGGUUGUGGUUGGUACACGAUGUUUUGAAGGUGUUUGCUGAUAAUUCAGGAACGAUUGCAGUUAAAGCCAUAAAGUUAGACUUGUCUAAUCCCACGAGGCUAGACGUGGAUUCACAAGCUUUUAGGAACAUGAAGAAUCUGAGAUUGCUUAUCGUUCGAAAUGCAAAAUUUUCGACAAAUGUUGAGUAUCUACCUGAUAGCUUGAAGUGGAUUAAGUGGCAUGGUUUUUCUCAUCGUUCUUUGCCAUUGUCCUUCCUUAAGAAAAAUCUUGUAGGACUAGAUUUAAGUCAUAGCUUCAUCAAAAAUUUGGGCAAAGGAUUUAAGGAUUGUAAAAGGUUGAAGCAUGGUGAUCUUAGUUACUCUUCUUUAUUAGAGAAGAUUCCCGAUUUCCCAGCAACGUCAAAUCUUGAAGAAUUAUAUCUUAACAACUGCACAAAUUUAAGAAUAAUUCCCAAGUCAGUUGUUUCUCUUGGUAAGCUUCUUACUUUAGACCUUGAUCAUUGUUCAAACCUUAUAAAGCUUCCAAGCUACCUCAUGCUGAAGUCUCUUAAAGUUUUGAAGCUUUCUUACUGCAAAAAACUUGAGAAACUUCCAGACUUCUCUACAGCUUCAAACCUUGAAAAGUUGUAUCUCAAAGAAUGCACAAAUUUAAAAAUGAUUCAUGAUUCUAUUGGAUGUCUGAGUAAGCUUGUUACCUUGGACCUUGGAAAAUGCUCUAACCUUGAAAAGCUUCCAAGUUACCUUACAUUAAAGUCUCUUGAAUAUUUGAAUCUUGCUCACUGCAAAAAGCUUGAAGAAGUUCCCGACUUCUCUUCUGCAUUAAACCUUAAAAGCUUGUAUCUUGAACAAUGCACAAAUUUAAGAGUGAUUCAUGAGUCUAUUGGAUCUUUGAAUAGUCUUGUUACCUUGGACCUUAGACAAUGCACUAACCUUGAAAAGCUUCCAAGCUACCUCAAGUUGAAGUCUCUUACACAUUUCGAACUCUCUGGCUGCUGCAAACUCGAAAUGUUUCCAAAAAUUGCUGAAAACAUGAAAUCCUUAAUGUCAUUGCAUUUGGAUUCUACUGCCAUAAGGGAGCUACCUUCAUCAAUUGGAUUUCUUACUGCGCUUUUGCUAUUAAACCUUAACGGUUGCACAAAUCUCAUCUCCCUUCCUAGUACAAUUUAUUUGUUAAAGAGCCUUAAGCAUCUUUACCUUGGUGGGUGUUCUAGAUUUCAAAUGUUUUCCCAUAGAUGGGACCCAACCACCCAUCCAGUAUGCUCUUUUUCAAAAAUUAUGGAAACUUCAUCGAGUUCAGAAUUUCCCCAUUUACUAGUCCCAAAAGAAAGCUUAUGUUCCAAGUUCACCUUGUUGGAUCUUCGAUGUUGCAAUAUAUCAAAUGUAGAUUUUUUGGAAAUUUUAUGUAAGGUUGCCCCUUUCUUAUCUAGUAUACUUUUGUCGGAAAACAAAUUCUCUAGUCUACCCUCAUGUCUUCAUAAGUUUAUGUCCUUGUGGAAUCUCCAAUUAAGGAAUUGCAAGUUCCUUCAAGAAAUUCCAAACCUCCCUCAUUGUAUACAAAAAUUGGAUGCCACUGGUUGCUCAUUGUUGGGUAGAAGUCCAGACAACAUCAUGGACAUAAUAUCGAGCAAGCAGGACGUUGCACUCGGUGACUUUACAAGGGAGUUUGUUCUAAUGAAUACUGGGAUUCCAGAAUGGUUCAAGUAUCAGUCAAUAUCAACUUCAGUAAGGGUUAGCUUUCGACACGAUCUCAAUAUGGAACGAACUCUGGCUACAUAUGCUACUUUCCAAGUGGUUGGAGAUUCACAUCGAGGAAUGGCCUUAGUUUCAUGUAAAAUAUUCAUUGGCUACAGACUCCAAAGUUGUUUUAUGAGAAAAUUUCCAUCAUCAACAUCUGAAUAUACAUGGUUAGUAACAACUUCUUCUCCAACAUUUAGCACUUCCUUGGAGAUGAAUGAGUGGAAUCAUGUCACAGUCUGGUUUGAGGUUGUGAAAUGUUCUGAGGUCACCGUCACUAUAAAAUGCUGUGGUGUCCAUCUCACUGAAGAGGUCCAUGGAAUUCAAAACGAUGUCAAGGGGCCAGGGGUAAUUUAUACAGUUUUUGAUCAACCGGACAAAUUACCGAGCCGGGAUGUUGUAAAAUCCUUUGCUCAAGAAGUAUCUGCCAAAUCAGAUUGCAAUGCAAUUUUGCAUGCAGAAAAUUUUCCAGUUUGGAACGAUUCCAAAAUGCAACGACAUAUGAAUUUUCCCUUACAUGUAACUUCUCAAGGUGUUACAAGGAUACGUGGUAUGGAAGGCAUGGCAGAGACAAUACUUGCAAACUCUAUAUGUAACAAAUACGAAAGAAGUCAGAAUCUUUUCUCUGCAAAAAAAGUUUUGAAUCAUUCUACUGCCUUUCUUCGUGGAGAUGGAAAUGGACUUUCUUGGGAAAUGGUAGACAGUCCGAUCUCAAGUGAUAGAUUGUCUUCCCAAAAAUAUCUUAGAAUUUUUGACGAUCGCGAUCGAUAUGGAGACCUAAAUGAUGUGGCUUGUGGGACUGGUAAUAGGUUCCGUUCAAGAUUUUUGAGGAUGGAUGAUAUAAAAGAAGAUGAUAUCAGAGAAGAGCCUCGUUGGAAGUACAUGGAAAGGUCAUUCCAAACAGAUCCUAUAUUAUGACAAGGUUGUAAAGUUUUUAGUAUGCAUGGUUCUUUUGAGAAGAACAUCUACGUCAAGUGAUUAUUUUCUGCUUUCAAGAUGUUCACUUCACAUUAUGCUUUGUCGAAUUUGAAUAGGGAUAUUUUCCGUUUUUCUGCUGUGCUAUUUAAGGGCCAAAAGUGAUCUUGCUAGGGUUGCCGCAUGUGUGUUGUAAGAGAAGUAUUAUUGUAUUUUGUGAUAGAAGAACAAACCUCUCAGUGAUGCAAAAGUUAAUGAAGCAUACUCAGUUCUCAACAUAUAAGUUCAUGAGGUUGUUGAAUUACUCUUGAGAAAAGUUGUCCUUAUGGGGAGUAUAGGACACUGUCGUUGAGAAGAGAUUUUCAUUCCUAUGGAUUUCUAAGGUAACAUUGAUGAGAAAUUAUUCUAAAACUCAGUGGGAGCCUAAGUGUAUCAAGUGAAAAGGUUUUACUUGAAGCAGGAAAGAUAAUGCCGUGGUGAAAUGGGUAUCAUGCUUGGGGGAGCCUAUGUAAUUCUUCAGUAAUAUCCACAUACUCAAGGGUAGCCUUUGUUCUAUUGAGAAGGAGUCCCACAUCUAAGAGGAGUCUGGUUGAUCGAAUAAGUUAGACUUUAUGUGUGUCACUACAAUUGUCAUUACUUUAAGUACAAUAUUGUAAACGCUUACCUUUUUCAUAUUAGAGAAUUUAUAUUUUUUAGACA